AUGAUGAAAGGUAAAGAAAUUAGAAUUAUGUCUUUGCUAGUGCUAGACAGUAUAUUCUUUAUUUUAGAAUUAACGAUUGGUUACAUGUCUCAUUCAUUAGCUCUGAUUGCAGAUUCCUUCCAUAUGCUAAAUGAUAUUAUCUCAUUACUAGUGGCUCUUUGGGCCGUGAAGGUCGCCAAAGAACGUGAUCCUGACUCCAAGUAUACCUAUGGUUGGAAAAGAGCGGAGAUCCUUGGUGCACUAAUCAACGCUGUCUUCUUAAUCGCAUUAUGUUUUUCCAUUUUGAUCGAGAGUAUCCAAAGAUUGAUUCAACCACAAGUAGUGGAGAACCCUAAAUUGGUCAUGUCUGUUGGUUUUGCUGGUCUAGUGUCAAAUAUUCUGGGAUUAUUCUUAUUCCACGAACAUGACCAUGAUCAUGGUGUUCACGACGAAGAAGCUGGAAACGGUAUUGGCUCAAGUCAUCAACAUAUGAUUACAAACACUAGUCGCGAUGCCGAAGAGAGUGAUGAUCAUACUCAUUCUCACUCUGUAGAAUCCACCCCUAAUGAUGUUCUAACUAAUACCACUGUUGAUAUACUAAGAAGUGGUAAUGACGAUGUUAACGAGAGUAAUAACAAUGAAGAUACACCAUUGGUAAAGAAGACCACUUUGAUUAAACGUAAGAAGAAAAGUGCUAAGAAACCAAAAAAAUCAACUAAAUCAUUAAAUAUGCGUGGUGUGUUCUUACAUGUCAUGGGUGAUGCAUUAGGUAAUAUCGGUGUGAUAUCAGCUGCUUGGUUCAUUUGGAAGACAGAUUAUUCGUGGAGAUAUUACAGUGAUCCAUUGGUCUCUCUAUUCAUCACGCUAAUCAUCUUCUCCUCUGCACUGCCAUUAUCUCGUAAAGCCUCUAAGAUUCUUUUACAAGCUACUCCAUCGAGUAUAUCUGCAGAUGAGAUCCGUGAUGAGAUUUUAGAGAUCCCAGGUAUCUUAGCUGUCCAUGAUUUCCAUAUCUGGAACUUGACGGAGGCUACUACGAUUGCAUCCAUACAUGUCAAGCUAGAUAUCAGUCCCGAAGAGUUUGUUUCGACAGCUAAAUUGAUUAGACAUAUAUUCCAUAACCACGGUGUCCACUCAGCUACUGUUCAACCGGAAUUCUCUUCAGAUCAAGUCUCUGCCCAAGAUCGUAGGAGAUUCUCCAUCAUUGCAGGAGGUGUAGAUGAUAAUAGUCCUACACCAUGCACUGCAUAUGGUUCUACCACUAGGGACACCGAUUGUUUGGUGGACAAUGCAGCCAAUUGUUACUCUGACAGAUGCAAAUAG